AUGGAAACCGUGUUGAAUGAUUUUGUGCCUUACAUGGAAAAAAUAGAAGAGCACAUAGAUUCGUAUGCUACAAGCUGCGGGGAUGAAGGUUGGGAACGUAGAGGACACCCGCAUAAGGGACACUUGUACAAAGAUCAUUCAGUUGGGGAUGUAAUGAAAUGCAGACUGAUGGUUGGAGCAUUAUAUUUUGUAACUGGGUGGAAAUCCACUCAGCAGCCGGAUACGGCCACAUCGGCAAAUGAUACGGCCAUGAAGGCUACUAUGAGGUGCAUCGUGGCCAAUGUUUUUGCGUAUAUAUUGGCUGAAAUACCGUGUGGACUUCAGUGGCCAGCAAUAGAUCAAGCUUGGAAGAUAAUGAAGCAGAUUGCAGUGGGAACGGCAGACACCUCUAAUCCGCUUUUCACCGGCAAAUGUAUACUGGAUGAGUACAAGGAUAUUAACAUAGGGACCGGGAAGUUACAGGGGGCGGUAAAAAACUGGUUAAAGAAAAGUAAAAAGAUAAGUGCUAGUAUAAAAGCAAUAGAGAAGAACUCGAAAUGCAACAUACAAUGGGCAACGUACAAGAAGGACAUGGCAGCCAGAGGAGAAGCUGCAGAUAGUUUCAGUAUGUUUAAAGAGGAAGGCAUGCAAGGUUUAGUGAAAAAGCAGAUGCAAGACAUGUUUAAGACAAUUACCAAAACAGUACAUAAGAAGGUGGUGACUGCUCGUAAGGAAGCAGGGGACUCCAUGGACUCUGCAGAUAGUGAUGUUGACUCUGAGGACGAUGAGGAGGACGGCGACGAUGAAGAGCAGAACAACGCAGACAAGGACAUGACGGAAACGAAAGGCGCAGCAGGAGCGGCGGCGACGAAGCCGGCUACCACAAAACCGCGGCCGCAGCAGGUUCAGGCGGAGGAUCCACAGGACAAGGACCGGGUCAAGGACCAGGACCUGGACAACAACCCCCACCUCCACCACCGCCACCACCUCAGGAUUCAGGCCGGGAUCAGGCGCUGCCUGAUGACAAGGCUACAGGGGGAAGAACACAUCAGUAACAUAGAAUUAGGGGAAGAGAAGAGAUACAGUAACGGUGCUGGGGUGGAUACAACGGAUAAGGGCAAAGAGACAUUAGGAUCACCACAACCAGACCCAAGUGAAGCCCAAACACCAGUAGUCGCAGGAGCAGCAACACCACGAGCACCCGCUGGACCCGCUAGUCCUGCCAAUCCCACCGAUCCUGGGAAGUCCUCCCUUGCACCUGUACGAGCUACUGCUGAUGAUGGUUCCCUAGGGAAACACAAGGACAAGGCAGAUUCUAUGGGUGCUGACUUCACGAUUUCAGAUGUCGGUGGGCUCCUCGAUAAGGGCACUUCCUCGUCCUUCAAUGGUACGGGAGGUAGUUCUUCUGGCUUCAACAAGGACAAACACUGUACCAAGGAUGGUGCCCCCCAUGAGUGUGAUCUGCAGUUAGACGUACCACUUAAUCCCGGCACUAUUAAUCUUGGAGGAUCAUAUGGGCUACGUACCCCUCAGGAUCCACAUAUUACAACGGCAGAGAAUAACAACCAGGAUUCCGGGGCAGUCCCCCAAGCUGUCCCCGACCUAACCGCCCACGUCCUUACCGCCACUACUCCCGUACUCUUCUUCCUGUCCGCCGUCACCGUCGCCCUUCUUGGAUAUUCUCUGUGGAAACAUCCAGAUAAAUUCGACAGACACGCAGAGCCUUUGGCCAAAUUACGCGUGCAUAAAAGAGUUGCCCGCAGUUUAGCAAAAGGAAGAUCAGCUCCAUCAGCAGAUGAGCUUGAAUUAGAUCCGAUGGCAUUCGAACACUAUGACGAUGAUGAAGAAACCUAUGAAGGUGCCUACGACGAUGUCGACGAACCUUAUGAAGAAGCCUAUGCAUUUUCCCCGAAACGCAUAUAUUCUGACGCACAAUGGGAGGAAGAGGAAGAUGGAACUAUACUAAAAGCAUGGAAAAUGGUGGAGUACGAGAUACCACAACAAGUGCAUUAUGAAAGAAAGUGGAAAAUAGAACAUGAUGCAAGGGAAGAAGAAGUCGACAGCACCGACACAUUAUCUGCUGAUGUAGCAGUCACCGAGGCAGUUGCAACGUGUAGCACAUCCCUGUCGAAGGUUGGAUCAGGGUCCUCAUUGCCACCAUCCCUACAAAAUACGGCACAACAUGGAACAAAGAACCAGGAGCCGAAAGGAUCUUCGGGUACAGGUAAAGCGGAUAUGCCCAAACAGGGCGACAAAAUAAAAUCUCCGGGAGUUUGUAAUGAAGGUUCCCUUAAAAACGCCUUGUUGGGGAGAUAG